UACAAUCAAUAAUGUUUUGUUCACAGGGUACAAACGAGUGAACAUGCGUUUUGAAAAGGUAGUAUUUGUACUUACCUUGGUAAUGUUGGUUCCAUGUGACGGAUUUAAAGAUACUUUCUGUAUUAUAAAGGAAUUCUGGUGGAUGCAAUAUGCCAGAAGUCCAGAGCCAACAGACCGAAUACCGGAAAUGCAAUCAUUAGCGCCCUCUUGCGAGGUAGACGUUGGCACGUGCCAAACCGGAACAUGCUCUACCAAUACCAGACGACACAAACGUUGUCCCGAUGAUGGCUACAUAUGUCCUGAAACAGAAAACCGUACGGCAAACUGUGGUGCAUCUGGAGUGAUAGCGUACGAUUACGUUUUAAGAUGCGUAUGCUGUAAGGCUAAUAGUGUAAUUGGUAUUGUCAAAGACUCGGCCACAGACGAACCCUUGGGGAAUAUGAUUAUCUACGUGGACGGAAACCUGGCUGGAUUUUCUGGAACAGAUGGUAAUUUCGAAGUAAAAAGACCAGCUGACGUCCUUUCAUUUGUAAUAAGGGCAAUCGACGAAAACGGCGAUUACUUUGAAGCUGUUAAAGUAAUAGGGGUACCUGUUGGUUUUCAAGAUUCUAUUUACGUAGAGCUUUUUAUGAUAAAGAAAGCCGAGCCAUUUGAAAUAGACUCUACUGCAGAGAUCGUGUUAUCCCUGUCUGAUAACCCGCAAGAUCCAUUGGCUGGAAAUUCCUUUAUUGAAAUUAGACCGGAUUCAUUUGAAAGUCCUUUCGGGGUUGCUUACAAUGGCAUGGUUAAAACGAGAAUAACAUUCAUAGGCCCUGACAGUUUGAAUGAAAGAACAACACAAGGUGAAUUCGUUACAACAGAUGGACAACGUCUGGUAACCGAUGGUAUUGUUAUCUUUAGCUUCAGUACUGCAUCCGACGAACGCUUGCAACUAUCCAGACCGGUUUUGUUUCAGUCUAAUACCGGCAUGAAGUUUUGGAAACUUGAAACCACGGUUGGUAGAUGGGCUCCAGUAGAAAUUGUACCAGAAUCCCGGAAACGACAAUCAAUUCCUGCAGACUGGGUCAACAUUGAAACCGAAACUUGGUAUAACAUAGACAUUAUCUUUACGUUUCCCCCAUGUUUCUUUAAAAUACGAGUUUUCACGGAGGGUAAUGAAGAGGCCACACCUCAAGAUUUAGUAUCAUAUACACCGAAACUGAAAGCGGAGACUUCUACGGGACUUGGAUUUAUAGUGACCUUUGAAUCUACGAAAGAACCGAGCACAAAAUGCUACGAAGCCAGAUGUCCGGAGAACAGUGACCUAAACUAUGACGGUCUUAUAAGCGUUUCUAUGUCUUCUGUUGAAAUAGUAAAUGGAAACCUCGUUCUAACGGAUACAUCAUUGACACCACGACCAUUGGCCGGCUACACCAUCGGUAUCCUAGCACCACUUGAAGAAGUAAACUAUGAAGAUGUCACAAACGCCGUUAACGUCACGUUUAUAUCAGAUGACGUAGGGCCGUUUUAUCCAACUCUGGACAUCUGUGUAAAUUCGAACGCGGACCAACCAGCUUUUCAUUUUAUUUUACCAUAAGAAAGGAGCGCAAAACCGGAAUAAAUUGCUUAGUCCGAAAUGGAUUUCGUUAAAUGUGACUUAUCUGGUAAUAGAUGUUCAUAUAAUCUCUAAGUACAAAAUUGCACUUGCAUUUACUGAUUGGAUAUAUAUAUAACAUGAUCUAAAAUCUAAUUGAAAUGAAAUCUAAAAAUGAAAAUAAAACAACAUCUAGAG